AUGAAGCCAGUUUCUUUCUUCUUCUUGAGACAAUGGAUUCCAAAACAAUCUAAAACGGGUGUCUUGCACAUCAAGAAGAAAUUCUUAGGGUUUUUGAUUCUUCCACUACAAGUUCAGAUUAGGGCUAUUUAUUGGACGUCGAUUUGUUUUUUUCCGUCAAUUUCAACAAGGUGUAACCGGCGGCGGCUUACAACUAUCAGAAACAAUGGAGUGUCGGAAUUGACUAUAUUGGCGGAAAUCGUCGAAGAAAAGCCCCAGCGAAACCGAAAGCUUAGAAGGAUCAAUCAUGUAUCGUCUUCCCAUUAUGAUGAUCAAGCAUUUUUAAUUCAUCAACUAGGUAUCAUUUUAAUGAUGUUGUAUGUUGUGGUUGAGCGGAAUUACUGGUUACUCAUUUUAAUGAUGUCGCAAAAUUUUACAGUGUUUAAUGGUCUAGAUUGAUGAUGCUUUUUUUUUUU